UGGAUGCUACCUGCCGCUGCCGGAGUAAUGUCGCACCCGUUUGGAGAGGAGGAGGCGGCCUCUCUUAGAAGCUUGUAUAGGUUUUUCUGCCGGUGCUUGCGGAGGGGACACUGGGAGCUGGCCCGGGUCUGUCUGCCACAGCUGCACCGGGGACCACAAGCAGUGGAAGUGGAAGAAACUCUACGGGCCCUUGUAGCAGCCCCGCACUUAUUAAGGGAUGAAAAGCACACUGCACAACAAAUUUCUUGGUUUUGGCUCAAUGCAUUGGAGAAGUGGUUGGAUUGGGAUCAGAAACCACUCCAGACCUUUCUCAAAGAUGAAACAGAAUUUCUUUUGCUUUUGGAAGAACUACAAGAUGAUGCAUCUGAAGCAUCUCUUAAGGAAAUGUAUGAAGCAUUUUUAUAUAGUCACCAUGAAAAUAGAAGGGACGGUUCUGCUCCCCAACUCAGCCCUAGCACAGUCUCUUGUUUACAAUGUGUCCUCUCUCAGAACCCUAGACUUGUACAGGCUCUAAUAGGUUUUUUAUUAGCUGACAGUUCUCUUUCCUCUGCACUGGAAUAUAACCACCACUUGCUUAAUAUAUACAUAGACUUUUUAUUAGUUUUGUUAACUUCUCUUCAGGAAACUCAGCAGAACCAGGAAUCAAAUGAACAUCUUGCUGGACAGAUAUAUAAUGUCUUAAGCACCAUGCACUUUAACUCGGAGCUCCAAAGCACUGAAUUAAAGCACUUCUGCAAUGAACUCUUUCAAGCCUGCUGGAGCGAGAAAAGUGUUUUAAAGGAGGAACAAGUACAAACAUGUAUGCUGAGGAGGCAGAAUUAUACUUUGGUCAGCAUGUAUGGUAGUGUUGCAAGUGAGAAAUUAAAGGCUGAAAUCACUGCACAGCGUACUCCAGAAAAAGUAACUGGAGUUGUAUGUGACUUUUCAGAAUCUGAACGAGCCAUCCUUCGUCUGUUUUGUGACCCAGAGCAAAUUAAUCCUUGGAAGACUGCAUAUUUCUACUGCCUCUACACUGGAAAACACUUUCUGGAGCAGAUUCUGCUUACUUCAUUGACCUUGUUAAAGAGAGAAGAUUUUUCCACCUUGAAUAACUUGCUAAAAAGAGAGUUUAAACCACUCCGGCGUCUCCUUGUUCUGCUGGGGUGGACUCACUGCCAAAGCAUAGAGUCUGCAAAAUCUCUUCUCGGCUCACUGCACCAAAAUAUGGAUCUAUGCAAUGAUUUCAUAUUUAAGGACUUCUGUGAUGGACUUCAGUUUCAAGUUGAAGCUUUAGAAUGGUGCAUAGAACAUAACAGUCGAGAAAUUUCCAAGGAGGACAUACUUCGUCACUUGUAUAGCUUAGACAGCCAUUCUGCACUUUAUAUUCUGUAUCAUCUCACAAAUCUACCAGACCUCAUUGAGGAGGAUGUUCUAAAGCUUCUUCAGAGAGUGACUCCAAGGGAAAAGACAGAGCAUGAUUCCUUAAACAAUUUAGAUGCUCAUGUCUUGGCGCAACAACGCAAUACCAUUCUAUACCAGGCUUUUUGUUCAAUGAAGUAUGGAAUCUAUGCUCUUUGUAUAAAUUCUCACAAAUAUAUUCAAUGUAAGGACUGUAUGCAAAACCUACUGAGUGGGUCUCAAGAGGAUAAAGAUUUUUCUAAAAUGCAAGAAAAGGAGCAAAUACCAUAUCAAGACUACACACAUUUUUUUGUUCAGUAUUUUACUAAGUGCCAGUAUUAUGUACACCUGCUGCCUGCUUCACUGAGGCUAGAAGUGCUUGAAAACCUUUUCUCUUUAAUGUUUGUAUCACUAAGUGACUUAAACAAAGAAACCACACAACCUGAGGACUAUGCUACAGAGGAGAAUGAGGAAGACGUGUAUAUGAAAAGGGAUAAUGUUGAGAGCUUGGAUAGCAGCCUUGAUAAAGGAGAAUCCCUGGUUAUAUCCUCACCAGUUGAAAGCCCUCAAUACAAAGAUAAUUCCAUUUUCAGCACAGAUUUGACUGGGAUUUCUCAUGGUUCGACCUCUUCUACUCCAGAAAGCACUCAGAAGAACUCCUGUGCACCUCCAAGACUCAAUUAUUUAGACCUGAAACAUUUUACAAAAGGAUCGACAGGAUUUUUAGUUGAUGAAGUGGUUCUAGACACUUUUUUAAAAAUGCUGAAGGAGGAGUUGGAGGACCUUAAGAACCCUGUACCAUGGACUGAAGUGGAACUAAAGUUAUUGGAAUAUAUGAACAUUCCCAUCAACAGGGAAACCUUUAAUAGCAGAGUGCUUCAGUUGUAUAAAUAUGUCUCUGAAACUUUAUGGAGAUACAAAAUCGUGAUGAGAAAUAGAAAUGCAGAGGAGUUACUUGCUUCUGUACGACUGCCAUCCAGAACCUUAAGGUCAUCCAGCUUCAGAAGACGAAGCAGAAAGAACAAAAGAGGAUUCAAGAAACAGAUGGAAAACACAAGCAGUGAAUUAAGCACAUCAGAAAGCAGUGCAAGUAAUUUGUCUAUGCGGAGUGAAUUAGAUUACAAAAUUCCAUCUGCUCAUCAAAAUUAUUUGAUUCCAAUGUUGAUUUCUUCACCUGAAUCUAUGCUCAUCUCUUGUAUCUUAAGAGGGAACUAUGUGGAAGCUCAUCAGGUGGCGUUAAUGUUUAACCUCCAGUCUACCCCAAGCUAUGGAGAGUUAAUCUUCAUGGAGCGCUACCAAGAAGUGGUCCAAGAAUUGAACAGAGUAGAACAAAAGAUUGAAAACCAAAAUUCAGAUACAAGGGUCAGAAAGUUGAGCAAUAGUCGCUCUACUUUGAAAGCCAUUGGAAACGCUGCAGCAGCAGGCAUGGUGUUCUAUUCGAUUUCUGAUGUGACAGACAGACUACUUGCUCCGGCUGAGGGUCCAAUAUCUACACUGCAAGAUGAUUUCUGGAUGAAAAGUGUUCAUCUGGAAAAGAAUGAUCCUUGGAGGCAAGUGGUUGAGGAGCUUCUUCCAUCAGCAAUAGUAGCGUUUGAUCUGGCAUGUACCCAAGCUCAUCUCUGGAAGACCUGCAAACAGCUUUUAGAAACAGCAGAGAGGCGACUGCUAACUGGCUUGGAAAGUUGGGAAGAAAAGAUAAGUAGCCAGUUCAAAUGCAACAUCUCUGAUAUUUUGCACACCUGCUACCCAGUGCUAACUGAUGACUGUAUUGUUUGUGAUAUUACCUUGGACUACAAGCUUGAGCAAAUCCUUACUAAGCUAAAAGCCGCAAUAAAGUCUCAUGAGCCAAAAGGAAAUAUUAUUCAAUCGUUAAUGGAUCAAUUGUCUGUGAAGCCUCAAGAUGUGCAGGUGCAUCCUGUACGCCAUCAAAUGUCCCUUCUUUUGGAAAAUUUGGAAGAGAGAGACAAGUCAGUAGAAGAUUUCAGCCUUAAGCCAUACAAUUUAUCAACAUUUUUCAAUUAUAUCGAUACGUUGGCCAAAGUUGUAUUGCAAAGUAUAAAUACAGAACUUGAUCAAACGGUGGACCUUAAAUUAGGAAAUCCAUUCAUUCUGCUUCAACAACGACCAUCUCAGUUGAUCUCUCAUUUACUUUUUGAAAGACAAAUACCACCUGAAAGGUUGUCUUUGUUGUUGGAGAAGGAAAGCAUUGGGCUGAAUGUAGAGAAUGUGAUCACUGAUUACUGCUGUGAACCAAUGUCAUUUUGUUCCACCAGAAAAAAAAGCCAGACACAAUCUCUCUUCAUUUGUAUACAGCAAUCAGCUAAGAAGUGUGUGGAACUCUGUUUGCCAGAUGCAGUUAUCCAGAUCGCCAGCAGUUAUGAUACAGAAGAAUUAGUUACUAAUUCGCCUAUUUCACCUACUCCUGACUCCAAUCAGUAUGCUCUCACUGCAUCUGCUUUAAACUUUCUAAAGUCAAAGUCAAAUUUAACAGCACUUAUAGCUUGCUUAAGUGCAUCAAAGCCUGUAAAGCUAAAAUCAGGUAUUUCCUGGAUGGAAUUAAGAGGAAGCAAAAAGGAGAGUCCAUUAGAAAUGGAAAACAUUGUUAAAGAAUGUGACUCGUUGCUCUCAGAGUUUCCAGUUCUGCAACGGUUCCUCAGCACAAUGGCUGUACCUUUUAGAGAUGGUCAGGCUGAGGGAAUCCGGUUUGUUAGUUAUGUCUGUGGGAAGCCUUGUGCUACCUUGGUGCUUCUGGGUUUGCAUGCCCCUACUGCAAUGAGAGUGAUAGCCAGUUUUUUCCAGGAAGCAGUCACAAAAAAAGACUGGACUAGUGCCUUUCAGAUGCUGGAUCUCUAUGCGGAUAGUAUUGGUGACCUCACUGAGGUCAGAGAUGCGCUCUUAUGCUGUGCAGCUGUUGAAGAGAAGGAUGGCUGGAAGUAUCUUCUUGGUGUUAAAGACCCAACAUUGAGAUGCAAACAAGCUCUUCAAUUUUUGGAGAAGUGGCCAUUAAACUGUUGCAGAGAGAUUCUGUCAUACUGUGUGUGUGAGCCAGGUAUCUCAGAUGACUUGAAACUGGAGCUGCUAAAUCAAAGAAAGGAGAUGGAAGUUUAUCAGAAGAUUCUUGACUUGAAGGAAGAGUUUAUGUGGGCAAGCUGGCAAGAUUUAAAGAAAGCCUGCAUAGAUGAUCCACAGUCUAUCAUCAAUAUUAUUUUGGAAGCUAAGGACUAUUCACUAUGUGAGGACUGGGGUCACUUUUAUCAGAUUCCUAUGGAACAUUUAAUCAUUCUUCAUCGUGAGCAUCUCCUGCAUCAGCUUGAGAAGGAAGACACAGAGAAGACUCUACAGCUCUUACAGAGGAUUGAAGACCCAGAUCUCCGUUUUGCCAUUAGUGAACAGGCGCUUCUUCAGGAACCUGGCAUUGUGGCCUGCCAUUUCUUGUCUGAGUACCUACUUACACAAUUCCAAAAUAAUAUGUCAGAUAUCCGUUGUCAAGAAAUACGGGAUGUCUACAUGGGUUCAAAGGUAUUGCUGGCACUUCCAGAGGAAGCUCAUCCUAACUGCAAACAUCUCAUCUCUUGUCCCCUCCUCCUGUUAGAGCAGCUUCUGAUGAACAUGAAGAUAGACUGGGCUUCAGUCACAGUGCAGACUCUUCAGCAGAUCUUGGUUGAGCCAGAAUCAAGUUUUUCUACUGAAGAUGUGGACAAAUUGUUGUGCAUCUAUGCAGGAAAAGCUUUAGAUGUUCCAUUUUCUUUCCGUGAAGGCAGAUCAGAUUCUACAAGUCGAAUUCCAGAAAAUCACGGUCAGUCAGCAGAACCAGAAACAAUCCUAUCAUCUUCGCCAACAGAACCAUCGUUAGCUGAUCGCACUUGGUUUCAGACACCUACAACUCCUCAAGAUAAAGGGCUAAGGAGAAUGAAGUCCUCUCCAGAGUUUGUACCUCCUGAUAAACCUCCAGCAAAAACACAAUGGAUACCAGAUGAGACUGAAAUUACCUGCAUGGUCUGUAAAAAUGAGAGAUUCACUAUGUUUAAUCGCAGACAUCAUUGUAGACGUUGUGGAAGACUGGUUUGCAGUUCCUGCUCCAUGAAGAAGAUGGUAGUUGAAGGAUGUCGAGAAAACCCAGCCCGUGUGUGUGAUCAAUGUCACAACUAUUUCUCAACUAAUAAUGACAAAACAGAUGAAGAUGUAGAAUAUACAGAAGAAGCAAACGGUGGAAGUCCAAAUUUAUCAGACGUUCUUAAGCUUUCUAAGGCAGGUGAACUGCAGUGGCGGUUAAGUCUUAAUGAGUCUGAAAAUGAAGUGGAACGAAGUGAAUUUUACUAUGAACAGGCUCCCAGUGCAUCACUGUGCUCUGCAAUACUUUACUUGCACUCUAAAAGCUAUGAGUGUGGGUACCAGUUGAUAGAGCGCUGCUGCAUGCUAUCAAUGGGUCUGACUAACCCAGAGAUGGACAGCAGGCUGCUUCUGGACAUCAUGAAAAAUUUAUUGUUUACUGCCAAGAUGAUGUUCGUCAAAGCAGGAAGAAGCCAGGAUCUUGCACUGUGUGACAGCUACAGCAGCAAAGUGGAUUUGCUGAAGAUUCUUGUUGCAGCUUCUUACCAACACAUUCCUUCUCUUGAUGAAAUUAUAAGACCAGCUGCAGUUACAAGACUACGAAAUCGUCUUUUGGAGGCAGAGUAUUACAACUUAGCAAUAGAGGUGUCAACAAAGACUGGACUCGACCCAGCGGGUGUUUGGCAUGCAUGGGGCAUGGCCUGCCUUAAAUCACACAAUUUACCUGGAGCCAGAGAGAAAUUCAGCAGGUGUCUGAAAGCCCCAUUGGACCUGAACCAAAAGAAUAUAGGGUCAAAGCUUCUAGAAGAUGUUGUUAAGCACCUGGAGUCUGCUGCUAAACCUAUUCUAUUAGUGAAAGACGAUGACUAUUUUGCUACACUAAAAGAACUUGAAAUGACCUUUAAGGCUCGAUGCUUUUAUUAUGAGAUGAUGCCUGAAGGAAAAAUCCAAAAUAAUGCUUACUAUCAAGAGUGUCUUUAUUACCUGCACACCUAUGGCACCCACCUUGGGAUUAUUCAGUUUUAUAUGCGCCAUGACCUUAUGCGGGAAGCUUUACUACAUUUGCUGAAUAAGGAUUGUCCUGGUGAUAUUUUCAUUGAAGGCGUAUUUGUGCCAAGUUAUGAAGGUGGCAAGUUGCAUAUGUUGGAAAACCUACUAGAAUCCAUUGAUCCCAGCUUGGAGAGCUGGAGCCUGUACCUUAUCGAAGCUUGCAAGCAUCUACAACAAAGGAACUUCUAUAAUAUCCUGUAUGAGCUUCAGCAGUUUAUGAAGGAUCAUGUCCGUGCUGCAAUGACAUGCAUUCGAUUCUUCUCUCAUAAAGCAAAGAGCUAUCGUGACUUGGGUGAUAACCAGAACUGGUUGAUAAAAUCCAAGGAUCAUCUCAGAAUUUGCUUACAAGAAAUAUCUCGUAGUAGCAGCAGAAGGAAAUCGUUUGACACCUUUAGAAAAAAAAUGUCUGCUGCUGAUAUUUCCAGGCAUAUAAACACGGUUGAGCUACAGCUAGAGGUUACGCGGUUCCUACAACGAUGUGAGGCAUCUGGCACCACACAGAUCUCUGAUGAACCUCCUCCAACACUCUUUGGACACAGUUCAAAAAUGAUAGAUGUAGCCUGUAGGGUUAUUUUAGGAGGCAAGAACGUAAUAGAAGGUUUUGGAAUUGCUUUUCGGGUCAUCCAGGAUUUCCAACUAGAUGCUACCAAAGUUUAUAGCAAAGUUUGCAAGCAGCUUGUCCAACGGGAGCAUUAUUCUGAGAUCCUGCAGCUGGUCAAGUGUGUCAGUGAGUCUGGUAUAGCCGCAGAUAAAGAUUGUGAUGAGAUUUUACUGAAAUGCGUUGGAGAAAUGUCGGACAUGUCCCCAGAU